AUGGCUUUGCUCCGGCUCCUUCUCCUCCUGCUCCUCGCCCAGCGCGGGCUGGGGUCUGCCGCCGAUCAAGGGCAGGCAGUGCGCGGCCGGGAGCGGGCGCUCGGAGGGAAGCAGCCUAUUUACAACCACAUCAAGAGCCGGGAGCCUCUGCCGGCCCCGCGAAGCCGCUCUACAGAGAGCACCAUCUUGGCGCAGCGGCUCGCCGAGGAGGUGCCCCAGGAUGUGGCCUCGUUCCUCUACACGGGCGACUCCCGGGAGUUGCGGCGAGCCAACUGCUCCGGGCGGUACGAGCUGGCCAGCCUCGCCGGCAAGUCGCGCUUCACCUCGCACCCCUCCCUGCACGGCGCCCUGGGCACCCUCACCCACGCCACUAACUUACUCAACAUGAUCCUCCAGAGCAAUAAGUCGCGGGAGCAGAACUUGCAGGAGGACCUGGAGUGGUACCGCGCAUUGAUCAGGAGCCUGCUGGAGGAGGACCCCAACAUCUCCAGGGCCGCUAUCACUUUCAGCACGGAGCCUUUCUCCUCCACUCCCCAGAUUUUCCUCCAGGCCAGCAGGCACGAGAGCCAGGUCCUCCUGCAGGACUUGUCCUCCACGGCUCACCGCCUGGCAAACGCCUCGGUGGAAACAGAGUGGUUCCACAGCUUGAAGCGCAAGUGGAGGCCACAUCUGCACAGGAAGGUCAUAAACACAGGCUCCAAAACUUUAGAAAACAGUUGGAAGAGGCGGGAGAGCUUCACUGCUGAUAAGAACCACAUCAGGUGGUCCUCACCAUACCUGGAGUGUGAGAAUGGGAAUUACAAACCCGGCUGGCUAGUGACUCUUUCGGCGGCUUUCUAUGGGCUGCGGCCAAACCUUCUGCCCGAGUUCAGAGGUGUUGUCAAAGUCGACAUCAAUCUGCAGAAGGUGGACAUUGAUCAGUGUUCCAGCGAGGGAUGGUUCUCAGGGACUCACAGGUGUCAUCUCAAUAAUUCUGAGUGCAUGCCAAUUAAAGGCCUUGGAUUUGUGCUUGGAGCCUACAAAUGUAUUUGCAAGGCUGGAUUCUAUCAUCCCAACAUCUUCUCCGUGAACAGCUUUCAGAGAAAGGAUGCAGAAAAUCGCUUUUCUGGUGGGGAAUUGUCAGAGGAAAUCUACACCUGCCUACCCUGCAGAGAAGGAUGUUCUUUCUGCACAGAUGAUACUCCCUGCUAUGCACAGGAGGACAAGUAUUUACGGCUGGCUAUCAUCUCCUUCCAAACACUCUGUAUGCUGCUGGAUUUCAUAAGCAUGCUGGUGGUCUACCAUUUCCGCAAGGCUAAGAGUAUCAGGGCUUCAGGGCUGGUGCUGUUGGAAACCAUUCUUUUUGGAUCACUACUUCUGUACUUCCCAGUUGUCAUUUUGUAUUUUGAGCCAAGUAUAUUUCGCUGUGUUCUCCUAAGAUGGGUUCGUCUUCUGGGCUUUGCUACUGUUUAUGGAACUGUGACACUCAAGCUGCACAGGGUUUUGAAGGUAUUCCUGUCCCGAACAGCUCAGCGUAUUCCAUAUAUGACAGGUGGGAGAGUGAUGAGGAUGCUGUCUGUUAUUCUUCUGGUAGUCUUUUGGUUUCUCAUUGGCUGGACUUCUGCAAUAACCCAAAAUUUGGAGAGAAACAUUCCACUCAUUGGUCAAGGGCAAACAUCUGACCAUCUGAUCUUCAAUAUGUGCCUCAUAGACCGCUGGGAUUAUAUGAUGGCUGUUGCUGAAUUUUUAUUCCUCUUGUGGGGUGUUUAUCUCUGCUAUGCAGUGCGGACAGUCCCAUCAGCAUUUCAUGAGCCACGUUAUAUGGCUGUUGCAGUUCACAAUGAGCUCAUUAUCUCUGCUAUAUUCCAUACAAUUAGAUUCAUUCUUGCUUCAAGACUUCAGUCUGACUGGAUGCUGAUGCUGUUUUUUGCACACACACAUUUGACUGUGACAGUCACUGUUGGGCUACUUCUGAUCCCUAAGUUUUCACAUUCAAGCAAUAACCCAAGAGAUGAUAUAGCUACAGAAGCUUAUGAAGAUGAGCUUGAUAUGGGUCGGUCUGGAUCCUAUCUAAACAGCAGUAUCAACUCGGCAUGGAGUGAACAUAGUUUGGAUCCUGAAGAUAUUCGGGAUGAAUUGAAGAAACUAUAUGCUCAGCUUGAAAUCUAUAAAAGGAAGAAGAUGAUUGCUAAUAAUCCACAUCUCCAGAAAAAAAGGUGCUCUAAAAAGGGCUUGGGGCGCUCAAUAAUGCGGCGUAUUACAGAAAUUCCUGAGACUGUCACCAGGCAGUGCUCCAGGGAUGAGAAGGACUUGAUGGAGCACAGUGCUGUGAAGAACUUGGCCACACUGAAGAAAAACCCACCGGAUUCCACAGGUUCUGCAAAGCCAAAAGAAGAGACUUCGAAAAACAGGGUCUUUUCCUUAAAAAAGUCCCACAGCACUUACGAUCAUGUUAGGGAUCAAACAGAAGAACCAAAUGGCUUAACUACAGAAAGUGCAAAAGUUAUAGCUGCUGAGAAAACUCUUCUGGACUCCUUGAAUGGCAACAAAUUAACCAAAAAUGCUCCUGAUAAGGUUGAAGCUGUCUCCACCGAAUCGGUCCCUUUGGUGUGCAAAUCAGUAAGUGCGCAUAAUUUAAGUGCUGAUAAGAAGCCUCUGCAUCCAAGAACAUCUGUGUUACAAAAAUCCCUCAGUGUUAUUGCUAGUGCCAAGGAAAAGACUCUGGGACUAACGGGUAAAACACAAAGUCUAGAAGAAAGCACUAAAUCUCAUAAAUCUCAUCAAAAGGGUAAGGAGGCAGGCAAAAAGCACUCAGCCUCCGAUAAAGGGGAACAUAAGGAUUCCCACCGGAAAAACUCUACCCAGUCUGAGGAAACAAAGAAAGCCCAUAAAUCUGGAAUUAUUAAACAGCAAAGGGUUAGUCAAACACCUGCAAAUCCAGACACAGGCCCAGGUAAGUCUCUGCACAAGGACAAUUUCGACAUAGGAGAAGUUUGUCCUUGGGAGAUAUAUGACCAAAUUCCUGGUCCUGUGCCUUUUGACUCUAAAGCUCAAAAACAUGUGUCUAUUGCUUCCUCAGAGCCAGAGAAAAACCACCCUUCCCAGCCAAAGGGGAAGACUCAUCAUAAGCUGAAGACACCUGAGGGGUAUCAACAGUCAAAUCAAAAGAGCUCAGAGAAGGUGGAAGCAGCCACUCAGGAGAAACAAGAGCAGCAGAUCUUUGAAAAUGAGAAAAAUCAGUCAAAUUCCAAGUCCCAGGUCUCUCCUGGGCUGAAGUGUGAGAAUGUUAAUAGGUAUACACCUAAUACCCAUGCUGGGGAUCAGGAGGAGCUGCCCCAGAAAACAGCAGAAAAGGAAAACCUCAAUAAAUUGGCUGAACAGAAGAAAUUUGCCUCUUCUGAGGGAAAUGUGCUUUCAUCUAACUCCCAUAAGCCAAGUAGUUACCUACAGCAACCUUUAGUAUCUCGAGCUGAAGUCUGCCCUUGGGAGUAUGAUACAGCAGAUUUACCAAAUGCAGAAAGAAGUGUAGCUUUAUUGAACACCUCUGCUAUAAGUGCAAAUAAAACAGCAGCACCUCGAAAAUAA